CUGGAGCGCGACAAGAUGGCGCAGGCAAUAUUUGAAGUGCUUGAAGGGAUGGACAACCAGACAGUGUUGGCAGUCCAGUCUCUGCUGGAUGGUCAAGGUGGAGUUCCUGACCCCAACAACCAGAAUGUUUCUGGGACACCUGCAAUCCAGUCUAUGGGUAUGAACUACGACGAGGAUGUGUUCCUGUGUGGGAAGUGUAAAAAACAGUUCAACUCUUUGCCAGCAUUCAUGACACACAAGAGGGAGCAGUGCCAGUCUAAUGCCCCCUCCCUGUCCACUGUGUCCUUGGCCUCCACCAAUGCUUACACACCUGUCCCAUCCAUCAGCUCUGUACCACAGACUCCUGCCAACAGACAGGUAUCCACCUACAUCACAGUCCCUCCCUCCCCGUUAACACACACUCUGGUCCAAGGCAACGUGCUGGUCAGUGACGACGUUCUCAUGUCGGCCAUCUCGGCCUUCACCUCCAUCGACCAGCCCAUGGCCACCAUGCAGGCGCCCAUACAGAGUAACCUGAGCAUGCACACAGCGGGCGUGUCUUACCUUCAGCACCACCAGCACCACCACCACCACCAUCAUCAUCAUCACCAACAGCAGCAGCAGCAGCAGCCUCAGUCCUCCCACCCCCUCCCCCCAAGCCAAACACCGGCCCACUCUCUGUCAGCGGGCCAGUCCACGCCACAGUCGCUCUCUUCUCAGGUGGCAGCGAGUCACAGCAACUCUGUGGUUCAGGUGUACAGCACUCUGCCUCAUAUGGCUGGAGGUGGAGGUGGCGGUGCUGAGAUCCACACCCUGGGUCUGCAGCCUUUCCAUCCAGUACAAGUGCCCAGUCAGUGUGUGGAGAGCCAGUCAUUCAAUACUCCUCCUGUCUACAGCCCCGGAAAACAAGGAACCAAGACAAAGCUCUGCAGCAUCACCAACAGCCUGACGGAGCUGGGCGAUUUCGAAAAAGUCAUCAUUCCCAAAAGGCCAAGGAGCAGCAAAAAGAGCCCAGAUGGAGAAACAGCAGAGCAGCUGAAAGGAAAGGGGCCAAAGCUCAAGUGUAAUUUCUGUGACAAAAUCUUCUCGAAAAACUUUGAUCUUCAGCAGCACAUUCGAAGCCACACCGGAGAGAAACCCUUCCAGUGUAUCGUCUGUGGCAGAGCCUUCGCUCAGAAGUCCAACGUGAAGAAACACAUGCAGACACACAAGGUAUGGCCUAUGGGUGUGGCCAGCACAGUGUCAAGAUUACCAGUCACAGUGAAGGUGGUGCCAGUGUCAUCCAGAGAGGAGGAAGGCGGCGCUGAGCAGCAGCAGCAGCAGCUGCAGCAGCUGCAGCAUCAUGAACAGCAUGAAGAGGAGGAGGAACUGCCUCAACAGCAGAGCUGUCAAACACAAGCGGAGGAAGAGGUGGCCCAAUCAGAAGCAGGAGCUGGCAUGGAGGAGAACGUGCCUGCCGCCCGGGCCGAUGUGGAGAGCAGCCGAGGGGAGGCGGUGCAGAACGGGCAUCCUCCGGCACAGAUGCAGACACAGUCCAACCAGAGCCAACAGUGCCCAAGUCAAACCAAACAGAUCGUUGUGAUUGACAGCUCCUACCAGUGCCAGUUCUGCGCUAGCAAGUUCAAGACCUACUUCCAGCUCAAGUCCCACCUGACCCAGCACAAAGGGGAGCAGGUCUACAAGUGUGUGUUGAAGUCCUGCUCACAGACCUUCCAGAAGUUGGAUCAGUUUUUGGAGCACACCCGCACGCAUCAGGAGCAGCUGACCUACCGCUGCCACCUCUGCAGCAAGGUCUUCCCCUCGCUGUUUGAGCUGGGCGUCCACCAGUACUCCCACUGUUUCUGCCCACAGCAAAACACGCGCAAGGAAACCACCAUCUACAGGUGUGUGAAGUGUCAGAGCAGAUAUUCUACUCAGGAAGCACUGGAACAACAUCUGCUGACUGCCUCACACAACUUCCCCUGCCCCCACUGUCAAAAGGUUUUCCCGUGCGAGCGGUACUUCAGACGCCACCUCCCCACUCACGGCGUUGGAGGGAGGUUUAAGUGUCACAUCUGUAAAAAGGCCUUCAAGACGGAGCACUACCUCAAACUCCACACUCGAAUCCACUCAGGUGAAAAGCCGUUCAAAUGCUCCCUCUGUGAGGCGACGUUCAACAGGAAGGACAAAGUGAAGCGACACAUGCUCAUCCACGAGCCUUUCAAGAAAUACAAGUGUCCCUUCAGGACACACGUGGGCUGCACCAAAGAGUUUAACAGACCAGACAAACUCAAGGCCCACAUCCUGUCACAUUCUGGUAUCAAACCCUACAAGUGUCUGUUUUGUCAGAAGGCGUUCAGCCGCAGAGCUCACAUGCUGGAGCAUCAACAGUCCCACACAGACAACUACCGCUUCAGAUGCUCCACCUGCAACAAGGGCUUCACCCGACAGAGCUACUACAGAGACCACAAAUGCCCUGCGUCCGGCAACGGGACAGGAACUGAAGGAGGCGCCGGAGAGGCAGAGGGAGGCCAGAUGACAGAGGAGGACGAUGGGGAAGAUGACGGGAGGUGUGGUAGAUACACCGCAGAAGCAAAAAGGCCUGGCACUGUGGGAGAGGAUGGACAUGAGGAUGAAAUGGGCAGAACUGACCACUUAGAAAGACAUGAAGAGGAGGAGGUGGAAGAGGAGGAGAGAGAGCAGAGGAGGAGCGACGAGGGUUGUCAGGCUGCCAUGUCUAUCAGCACCAGGGAAGAGCAGACUGAAAGAGAAGAGGAGGAGGAGGAUGACGGGUUGGAUCAUGGCUGUGAGGCAAUGGAGCAGAUUCAGAGCAAUGGACAAAACUGUUUGCAGCAGCCGUGUUUGUAGCCAUGUUAGCAUCCUCUCUGGACAUUUUCUGGACACGACGGAACAUCCAUUAUUUAAAGAAGAAGUAGAAAAAGAGUCUGGGAAACGAUUUGUUUUAAAUUAAAACGCUAUUUAAACUAUAA